AGAGAGAGCAUGAGAAGGAGAGAGGUAGACGGAGAUGUAUAUUCUCAGUCCCUCAGCCAGAGGCAGAGAGCUUGGUCAGACUAGAAUAGCACAGGACGGUCCUGGUCCAAAGUGUGUUUCGGAGUGUGGGCCAGACAGCAUGUCGGAUCCUGAAGCCAGAGUGAACUCAAAAAAAGCCGGCAUUCGGGCUGCCGUCAUUCUGAUCGGACUACUGCACAAGUCCAGGCGGCAGAAGGAGAAAGAGAGAGAGAAGGAGCGGAAACAAGAGCUGCUGACCAUCUCCAGUGUGCCUCUGGGAGAAUGUCCACCCUCACCUCCCCGCACUGCACCACCCACCAUGAAGUCGGCGGAGUUCUUCGACAUGCUGGAAAGGAUGCAGAUUCCCAAAACUGAGGAGACUAAGAGAAUCAAGGAUGACUACAUCCCUUACCCACGGAUUGAGGAUGUCCUGGAGAAGGGUGGUCCCUACCCUCAGGUCAUUUUACCUCAGUUUGGUGGAUACUGGAUCGAGGAUCCCGAGGCUCCAGUCGGGACGCCCACGUCCUCAGACAGCAGCUUCUGUGAGGAGGAGGAUGAUGGUCUUAGUCCUAGUGGAGGAGGAGGAGGUUCCAGCUACAGGCUGGAGUGUAACAACACUUCACGCGCUUACCGCAAACACUUUCUGGGCAAGGAGCACAUGAACUAUUACUGCACAGCCAGUAGUAUGGGACACCUCAUCAUGUCUCUGAAGUAUGAGGAAGUAGACGGACAGGAGUCGCUCCGCAUCAUGCUCAGGUCAAAAACAAAGACCCUUCAUGAGCGGAUCCCACUUGAAGGACUCCUUCAGUUACCAAGUGUACCACAGAUAGCAAAGCUGCUCUGCGAUGAUGUCACGGGUCUAAAGUUCAACCCCGUCCUCUACCCCAGGGCCUCGCAACUGAUCGUCAGUUUUGAUGAGCACGAAUUGAACAACACUUUCAAGUUUGGAGUCAUCUAUCAGAAGUUUGGUCAGACAUCAGAGGAAGAGCUGUUCGGCAACAACGAGGAGACGCCUGCCUUUGCUGAAUUCCUCAGUGUUUUAGGAGACAAUAUUGAACUGCAGGAUUUUAAAGGCUUCAGAGGCGGUCUGGAUGUGUCUCACGGACAGACGGGAUCCGAGUCCGUCUAUACUACGUUCCGUCAGAGAGAAAUCAUGUUUCACGUUUCCACAAAACUUCCCUUCACAGAAGGAGACAUUCAGCAGCUCCAGAGGAAGAGACAUAUUGGCAAUGACAUUGUCGCAGCCGUCUUUCAGGAAGGGCCCACGCCAUUCGUACCUGAUAUGAUCGCUUCCAACUUCCUUCAUGCCUACGUGUUAGUGCAGGCAGAAAACCCCUGUACUGAUCAUACUAUGUACAAGGUGUCCGUCACAGCGCGAGAGGAUGUCCCUCCGUUCGGCCCCCCUCUUCCAAACCCUUCAGUCUUUAAGAAGGGUCCUGAGUUCCGGGAAUUUCUCCUGGCAAAAUUGAUCAAUGCAGAAAAUGCAUGCUACAAGUCAGACAAGUUCGCCAAGCUAGAGGAGAGGACACGGGCAGCACUGUUAGAUAACCUUCACGAUGAAUUGCACAGACAGACACAGGCCACAGUAGGACUGGGAUCGACUUCAGAUGAAGAAAAGCUUGAAAAUGGAGGUCAUGGUGGGCUGCUGGAGUCUUUUAAGAGGGCCAUGCGUGUGAGGAGCCACUCCAUGGAGACGAUGGUGACUCAUAAACACAAGAGUCCAGGAGCCGUGGCGGGGGUCCCGUCGAGCGUCAGCGGUGGAGGACUUCAGCAGAACAGCAUGGAGUGCACCAAGAGCACCUUUACUCCUCCAGUGCUCUCUGCAAAGUCUCCUUUAAAGAGUCCUGUAAAGCGGCGCUCUGGUUUGUUCCCUAGACUACACUCCAGCACAGAAAGUCCAACUGAGAAACAUCCAACUCGCGGUGACCAAAAAACAGAAGUAUUCCCUCACUCACAGGAAGUGAGGUCAGAGACGUUGUCCAAUCCGAGUUCACCAGAGAUCUGCCCAAACAAAGAAAGGCCAUUCGUGAAGCUGAAAGAGUUUAGCGGCAGAGCUAAUAUCUCCCGAUCCUCCUCCAGCACCAGCAGCUUUAGCAGCACAGCGGGAGAUGGAGACGGACUGGAGGAGCUGGAACUGAGCAGUCACCCAUCCACGGCCUCAUCUGUGUAUAGUCCGUCCCUCAGCGUGGAAAGCCAGAACUCCGGAACGCCACUGAUCAUGUGCCGCAGUCCCACAGAUGUAAAGAGCAAAACUUCACCAAGGUCAAACUUGAAAUUCCGCUUCGACAAGCUGAGCCACUCCACAGGUCAUUAGGUCGGACAGAAGCCACUGCAUGGACAAAAGGCAGUGGUAAUGAAUGGAUUUUUAUAGAUUGGAAGAAAAAAGGGACCAUUUUCUCUAGCCGAUGCAACAGUUAUUACUGUUCAACAUAUUACACAACUGAACACCAUGUUAAGAACCGAUCUUACAA